GCCGCUCGGAGGCGCAACUCCCGGGGCGCAAGAGAGAGGAAGGAGGCCGGAGGAGAGCAGCGCCUGGCGGGCUUUCUGUUCCCGGCGCCGAACAAAAGGGGGAGGAGGGCAUGUGCAAAGGCGAGGGGGGGGGUUGUUGUCUCUCCUUCCCUCCCUCCCUCCUUCCCCACGAGUCCCAUCCUCGCCGCGAAGCGCAUGAGCGAGGCGCGCCCUGCCGGGGAGCAGAGCAAAGCAGAGCGCAGCGCGCGCGCGCAGCCGGUGGACGCCGCCGAAGGAAGGGACCAGCCAGGGCGGCCGGCGAAGCGCGGAUCGCCGCUCCUCCUGCGGGUAACGUUGCAGCGGGGAUCCGGGCGGGCAGACAUUCUGGGCCCAUAACCCCUGAGGGUGAGUCCGUCGUUCGGGCUGAAAAUUCAUCAUCCACUCUAGGUAGCUGAGUGAAGAAUAAGCCAUGCCUGUCCUGUCAGAAGAUUCAGGUUUGCACGAGACCCUCGCCCUCCUGACGUCACAGCUGAGACCCGACUCCAACCACAAGGAGGAAAUGGUGUUCCUGAGAGACAUCUUCAGCGAAAGGAGUCUCAGCUAUUUAAUGAAGAUUCACGAAAAGUUGUGCCAUUAUGAAAGGCAGAGCCCGGUCCCAGUUCUGCACAGCGCCUCGGCUCUAGCUGAAGACGUUAUAGAGGAAUUGCAGACUACGCCAAUGAAUAAUGACGAAAAAGAGCUGCUGCAGUUGCUUUCCACUCCUCAUCUCAGGGCCAUGCUUGCUGUCCACGACACAGUUGCCCAGAAGAAUUUUGACCCUGUCCUCCCUCCUUUGCCGGACAACAUUGAUGAAGAUUUCGACGAGGAGUCUGUGAAAAUAGUUCGCCUGGUGAAGAAUAAAGAGCCUUUGGGUGCGACGAUCAGGCGGGAUGAGCACACCGGAGCUGUGAUCGUGGCGCGGAUCAUGAGGGGAGGGGCUGCUGAUCGUAGCGGUCUUGUUCAUGUUGGAGACGAGCUGCGGGAAGUCAACGGGGUUGCUGUGCUUCACAAACGACCGGAAGAAAUUAGUCAGAUUUUGGCGCAGUCCCAGGGGUCGAUAACGCUGAAAAUAAUCCCGGCUGUCAAAGAAGAAGAUCGCCUGAAAGAAAGCAAGGUGUUCAUGAGAGCCCUCUUCUCCUACAACCCAAAAGAGGAUAAAGCAAUCCCAUGCCAGGAGGCCGGGCUGCCAUUUCAGAAAAGGCACAUCUUGGAGGUGGUGAGCCAGGACGACCCGACGUGGUGGCAGGCCAAACGUGUGGGCGACACGAAUCUCCGGGCAGGGCUGAUCCCCUCAAAGCAGUUCCAAGAAAGGCGUCUGAUGUACAGAAGGACCAUUGGAGCGCUGCACAAUGCCAGAAGCGUCGCAAAACCGCUCUGUGAGUCACCGCGAAACCUUUCCCUCGUUUGUUUAGUGUGGCUUGUGUUUCCGCUACAUCUGGCUUUCCUUUCUUUUUUCCCAAACCGGGCUUCUUUUGUGAGGCUUUGCAGUGCCGUCCUUGAAAGGUGCAGAGACACCGGGAGCCUGAAGAAUGGCUGUGUUUGCCAUUCAGGCGCAGUCCCAGGGGUCGAUAACGCUGAAAUAAUCCCGGCUGUCAAAGAAGAAGAUCGCCUGAAAGAAAGCAAGGUGUUCAUGAGAGCCCUCUUCUCCUACAACCCAAAAGAGGAUAAAGCAAUCCCAUGCCAGGAGGCCGGGCUGCCAUUUCAGAAAAGGCACAUCUUGGAGGUGGUGAGCCAGGACGACCCGACGUGGUGGCAGGCCAAACGUGUGGGCGACACGAAUCUCCGGGCAGGGCUGAUCCCCUCAAAGCAGUUCCAAGAAAGGCGUCUGAUGUACAGAAGGACCAUUGGAGCGCUGCACAAUGCCAGAAGCGUCGCAAAACCGCUCUACGAUCAAUCUUCUGAGAAAGAAGACUGUGAUUGCGAAGGAUACUUCAAUGGGCAAUAUAUAGCUGGCUUGAGACGGAGUUUCCGGCUGAGUCGAAAGGAGAAGCAAAAUGGCCAAAGUGAAGCCAAGCAGGUUGAACAGCCUCACCCCUCGGAGCUCCUCACCUACGAGGAAGUGGUGAAAUACCAGCAGCAGCCAGGAGAAAGAAAGAGGCUGGUGGUUUUGAUUGGUUCUUUGGGGUCCCGUUUGAACGAGCUCAAGCAGAAGGUGGUGGCAGAGAACCCGCAGGAGUACGGCGUUGCCGUGCCACGUGAGUAAACCCUGCUUUUCUUUUCUUUUCCAUGGCAAAAU